AAAAAGUCUUUUGUUGUUGUUGUUGUUGUUGUUGUUUUCCAUUGUACAGUAAUUCCGGAUUACUUAGCGGAAUCGAUGGGAACCCAAGUGAAAUUUUCCAUUUUCAAUUAAAAUGAAAAGCAGAUGACAAGUGAGCAAUUCAUAUUGUCCAGUUAGCCAGGAUAAAAAAAUUCACAUCCAUUUAACAAAAGCGGAUGCGAGUUUACAACCUGUAGCCCCCAUCCGGAGAGAAAUCUACGCAUGCCAUUAUUCUUGACACAUUUCCGAGGUCCCAGACGAGCCGAUGAAAAGCAAAAAGGAAGACGCAUCACGGACACACGCGUAUCCUUACAGUAUCGAUUGUUGCAAACCGACACGGCAGACGGGUAGGUUUCACGCUAUCCAGUCAUCACUUGUAUAGUUCACGAGGCAGGCAGUAACUAACGCAGUAGAUAUAUCCAGUGUUAUAUACACACAUAUAAAUAUACAAGUCUGGAAAGAAAGUAAAGAUAUAAAAACAAGAAAAAGGGGGUUGAAACACGCGACGCCAUUAUGACCAACUGCGACUGUCGGAAAUCAUCCGCUAACUUUUUAUUUUUUUUUCUAUUCUAAAAUAUACACUUUGAAUAACAGACAGCGCAUCUCUAUCGAUUUUUGUUUUUUUUUAGUAAAUUUCCAUGCGUUUCUGUUAGUUAAAGUAGGUAGACAUAAAACGGGCACUCAGCACGUUCGGUCUGUGUUUUGUUUUGUUUUUCUGGCAAAAUCGCCCUGUUAUGAUUCGAUUUCAUGAUAGGUGAUUUCCCCCCUUUAUUGUGACCGAUCGUUUGUGCGGAAGCUUUUGCGCAGCCGCCCGCCUAACCGCGUGACACCGGGAUAACCUGUGUCAGGUAUUUCGGUUCAGGCCAGUCGUAACUGGCGAACGUCCUAGAUCGAGUCGCAAGUUCUUGUGCUGUUAUUUUCCUUGUUGGCCGCAAAAAAAAGGGGGCUGUCAUGCAGAUUGGACAAUGGUCCGCAAGGACGAACCUCUGAAAGUGACGGACUUGGAGGCGGGCGAAGAGACGACACCGUCCAAACCAGCGGCUAAAAAAGGUGUUUUCAAUCGGUUAGCCUACGGCGGUAAACGAGCCCCACCCAAAAUAGACGAAGAAAAAGACGUUGGGGUUUAUUCGGACGCCAGUAAAGCGGAGACGAGUAAAACGGGGAGGAUAGCCGGCAAACCAGCGAGUGGCAAUGUCGCAAAAACUGGUCUCAAUAAAAACGCUAAAUCGACGGCGGCCAAUGCGGACGGCCAACAGCCGGUACCUACUGGCGGUGCAAGUGUUUUCGAUCGUCUAACGAGCGGCGAACGGCUCUAUCGCACCACAACGCAAACCGCUAGGAAACCGGCCGGUAGACGAGCAGAACAGCCGGUUGGUGUUACUCAAGAGCCCGGUAAGGACUCGUUGCUAUCGAAAAUUGGCAAUCAAGCGGCAAACGAGGGAUCGCAAGCGCCGGAUGAGAUGGUCAACGGAUCUCACAAACGAGAGGAGGUGGACGAAUCGGAAGAAGAAGACGACCCUGUCAUUCAAAUUUCGCUUAUUCAGCCUCCGGUCAAGAUCCGCUCACCUCGGCCUGUCCUCAAAAAAUCGGCCCAACUUCUCUUCUCUCAGCGGGAGCCACUCAACCGCCGGAAAUCCUGGAGACUCCGGCGGAUACCGCUCGCAUUGGUGGAGAGGACAUCUCUGGCGAGGGGAGCCUUGCCAAUACUUCCACAAGGUCUUGCUUGGAUGUGUUUAAUGUUGAAUGGCCUCCUUCCUGGAACAGGAACGAUAAUGAGUGGGUUGUUGGGCAUCUGUCUGGGAGCUCCAAGAUUCUCUGGCCAGGUGACGGUGGAGCACAGGUUGCUGGCUUUCAUCAUCAACCUGACUGUCGGCAUCUUCCAGGCUUUCACCGUCCUUUUCUGUCUCGUUGGCUGGUGCUGGUCACUCGGCUGGGGCAUCAUCUUAGUCAAAACAGCUGGUUACUAUAAGAAGUGGAAGAACAAUAGUCUGGGCAGUGGGCUGGAAGAUGUGCCCCGAAUGAACUCGGUUAGCAUCAACAACGUUGAUCCUCGAUAUUGACAUUUUGAAAAGCUCCGCUCUCUUUCAUUUUGGCUGUUUAAAAAUGUCAUUU